AUGUCUGGAAAUGUUAGCCGGAAAGUGCUGGCUGUUUCGGCCGGCGGGUUGCUGGUUACGUCGCCGUUGCUGGCGGCCUGUACUCCGGUUGCCGCUGCGGAGCCGGCGGGAUACCGAGAUUGGGUGGCCACCGACGGCGCGGCGGGUCGGAUCAACAUGGACGAUGUGCAGGCGGCGUUUCAGGAAUCCACCAGCGCCACCGAUUUUGAGACUCGGGUGAACGAGAUCUACGAGGGGGACGGGGUUAUUCUGGUGCGGGUUGCCCAGGAGACGGACCGCAUGGUGCUCGAGGGCUGGGAGGACCUGGACGGGAACUCCGAUGUUGACGAUGUGGUGGAUGACCUGUUGUUCUCCAUCGUGCGGCAGGACGGCCAGCACGAGAUGGUUGGGCAUCACGCCAACUCGUACUAUCGCAGCAGCUUUGGAGGUGGGGACUUCCUCUUUUUCUACCUGCUGGCGGGUGGCCUGAGAGGUAACAACUACUACUAUCAGACGCCUUCGCAACGUGGGCCGGUGCUGCGUCAGCAGCGUGACACCUACCGCGGGGAGUUCCCGGUACCGGGCCCAGCAGGGGUCGAACCGGGGUUACACCACACGUCAGCAGACCUAUCAGGGUUCUCGUUACCAGGAGGCUGGUCGCAGUUUGGGGACCAGCCGUUCCUCCUAUCAGACGGUGCGAAAGACCACCGGCACCUUCCGGAGCAGCGCUUCCUUCUCCGGUGGGCGCAGCGGUUCCGCUCUCGGGGGGACUGGCGCGGGCUCCAGGUCUUCGAUCUCCAAGGGUGGCGGUGGUUUUGGGUUCGGCGGGUUCAGCGGUGGAGGCGGCCGCCGCGGCGGUGAAGGUUGAUCAUGCGCUGGCCCGCUUGGUGCGAGUGGGAUGAGGCCGAUGUCCGGGGGUAGCCGGGGCGGGUUGUCGGUUUCGGUUUGGACUGACC